GUUUCAAUUCAUCUUUCUCCCUCAACCGACCAACAUGUCUGCUCAACAAUCGCAGGGUAUCCAAACUCUUCUCGAGGCCGAGAAAGCCGCUGCCAAAAUCGUACAGGAAGCUCGCCAGUAUCGUGUACAGAAACUAAAGGACGCUCGUUCAGAGGCUACAAAGGAGAUAGAAGAAUACAAGAAGGCUAAAGAGGCCGAGUUCAAGAAGUUCGAGGCAUCGCAUGCUGGUACAACAUCUGAGGCACAGGCUGCGAUUGACAAGGAUACCGAAGUGAAGCUCCAAUCCAUCUCGGACUCUUACAAUAGCCAUAAGAAUGAAGUCGUGCAGAAGUUGUUGGACAGAGUUACACAGGUCAAGCCUGAAUUACACAAAAACCUCAAGAAAGUUCAAUCUUAAUACUGCAUCAUCACUGUAUCUCUUCUUCUAAUACCUUUAUCGCAUUGCACGGACCUGUUCUUUUCAUGUAUUUUUCCACGAUUCCAAUUCAAGAUAUGAUACUCGUCUUCAAUCUCGGCCUUUGUUUGGGUCUUUAAUUGGGAGGG